UUAUAAUCUGAAUCAUAAAAUAGGGUUAUAUUUCACAUUUCAACAAAAUGUAAUAAAUAAAUUCAUACAUGAAGGUUCUACAAGUAAUCUAUUUUUUAAAUACAGUUCUGCCUACUUAUUGAAUACAUUGAAUGCCACUUCAUUACUAGUGACCAAUACUUCGACGCUUUGACAUCGUAUCUUCCAGAAAGUUCUUAUUCAAGUAAACUUCAGCCAACAAUUGUACGAAUAAUUAUUUAAAUACCUUUUAUUAAUUCUCGUAUUUGUGGUCAACGAUUUCUUUACUCGAUAAGAUACGUUCAUCUUUUCCACGGAUUGUUUAUUUGUAUAUAAUCAUAUAAUAUAAUUAUUCAGGAUGAAGGGUGUGCAGGAGUCAGUAGUCAGAGCAAAACUCCGAGUUAACUUCAACGACAGUUGCGGAAAAAAUAGGAAGCUCGCAGACAAGAAUAGAUAGAUAGAUCCUUGUCUCUCCGAUGAUGGUGUGACAGAGAGGAUGAUACAACAAUUGCAGGAGAGACAAAGACAGAACGAUGUUAACCAAUUGUAAUUUUCCAAUCAGUUAUUAACAUUGUUUGAGCCCAGGAAGCGACCUUUCCGUCUGAUUUUUUGUAUUAAACUGUUCCUGGUAAAAUUCUGCAAUUUCGCGUUUGAAACAUGAUAAAAAUACGUUUAGAGGCAAGACAUUUUUUGUAGAUCUUUUUUCAGAAAGAGGAAUACAACGCGCGCUGCGAAUUUUACAAGGAACAGUUUAAUAAAAAAAAUCAGACGGAAAGGUCGCUUCCUCGGCUCAAAAAAUGUUAAUAACUGAUUGGAAAAUUAUAAAUGGUUGACAUCGUUCUGUCUUUGUCUCUCUUGGAAUUGUUGUAUCAUCCUCUCUGUCACAGCAUCAUUAGAGUGACAAGGACCUAUCUAUCCUUAUCUCGGAGCUUCCUACUUUUUCCACAACUGUCGCUGAAAUCAACUCGGAGUUUUGCUCUAACUCCUGCGCACCCUUAUGGGUUAGAGUUUGUAGCAGUAAUUCAAAUAUUAUUAGUCCAUAAGAUGGCUGAUUCCAGUGACUUGGAUCGGCAGAUAGAACAGCUGAAAAAAUGUGAAAUUAUCAAAGAAGCAGAAGUCAAAGCUCUUUGUGCAAAGGCACGCGAAAUUUUAAUUGAAGAAAGUAAUGUGCAGAGAGUUGAUUCUCCAGUUACUGUAUGUGGAGAUAUCCAUGGACAAUUCUAUGAUUUGAAAGAAUUAUUUAAAGUUGGCGGAGAUGUUCCAGAAACAAAUUAUCUGUUCAUGGGUGAUUUUGUCGACAGAGGAUUUUACAGCGUAGAAACAUUCCUCCUCCUUCUGGCAUUAAAAGUUCGCUAUCCUGACAGGAUUACAUUAAUAAGAGGAAAUCAUGAAUCCCGGCAAAUUACACAAGUUUAUGGUUUUUAUGAUGAAUGCCUUCGUAAAUAUGGUAGUAUUACAGUUUGGCGGUACUGUACAGAGAUAUUUGAUUAUUUAUCUCUCUCUGCUAUUAUCGAUGGAAAAAUAUUUUGUGUUCACGGAGGAUUAUCUCCAAGUAUUCAAACACUGGAUCAAAUAAGAACUAUAGACAGGAAACAAGAGGUUCCACAUGAUGGACCAAUGUGCGAUUUACUUUGGUCAGAUCCUGAGGAUACUCAGGGUUGGGGAGUUUCACCACGUGGAGCUGGUUAUCUUUUUGGUAGCGACGUUGUAGUACAGUUUAAUACUGCAAAUGAUAUUGACAUGAUAUGCAGAGCUCAUCAAUUAGUUAUGGAAGGAUAUAAAUGGCAUUUUAAUGAGACUGUUCUAACUGUUUGGUCAGCACCUAACUAUUGCUACAGAUGUGGAAACGUGGCUGCUAUAUUAGAAUUAAACGAACACCUUCAACGAGAUUUCACAAUAUUUGAAGCGGCACCACAAGAAAGUCGAGGAAUACCCAGUAAAAAGCCUCAAGCUGAUUACUUUUUAUAAAACAAAUUUCCAUUAAAAAUGACUGUAUAAACCAAAACAUCUCCAAAUAUUUAAAAAAAAGAAAACCUUAAACGAUUGCAUGAUAUGUAUUUAAAUGGAUGUAAACAUGUCCAAUAAAUAUGAAAGCAGCU